CUCUUUCUGCUGAAGGCUCAGCUGCCCCCUCCGACCAACCUUUCCUAGAGCAGCUGAGACCGUCCACGCCGCCCGGCUGCCUCCCGCAGAGCCUCGAGCCCCAGGAGAGGGGGAGACAGACCCGAGCCCUUCUCACCCCCGCCCUCCCAUGGGCGGGCCUCGGGGACCUGACUGGACGGCUCCUGCGUCAGUCAGCGGGCAGGGCACGGCCCCUGGGGGGAUUACACCGCCUGCGCCCGGACUGCAGCGCUUGUCCCGGGAGAUGCGGGCGCUGCCGUUGCUCCGAGCCGGAGCCAUGCGGGAGGCGGGCAGCCUGUGCCUGGCGCUCCUGCUCCCGGUGGUGGCCGGGUUGGAGUUCAGCUAUCACCACAGCGAGCAGCUGGAGACCUUCCUGAAGGAGGUGCACCAGCAGCACCCCUCCAUCACCGCCCUGCGCAGCAUCGGGCGGUCCGUGGCAGGUAGAGACCUGUGGGUUCUUGUUGUGGGAAGGUUUCCAACCCAACAUACCAUUGGCAUACCAGAGUUCAAGUAUAUUGCUAAUAUGCAUGGGGAUGAGACAGUUGGGAGGGAGCUGCUGCUCCAUUUGAUAGACUUCCUGGUGACCAAUGAUCAGAGUGAUCCAGUCGUUACAAGGCUAAUCAAUAACACGCGGAUUCAUAUCAUGCCAUCAAUGAACCCGGAUGGAUUUGAAGCUACAACAGUGCAUGAUUGUUAUUACUCAGAAGGAAGGUUCAAUAAGAAUGGGGAAGAUCUGAACAGGAAUUUCCCUGAUGUCUUCAACAGUAACAAUGUCACAAUCCAGCCAGAGACUCAAGCAGUGAUAAAUUGGAUACAAAAUGAGACAUUUGUUCUUUCAGCUAACUUGCAUGGUGGAGCACUGGUUGCCAGUUAUACAUUUGAUAAUGGUAACCCAGCUACUGGCUUUUUACAAGGCUAUAGCAGAUCACGAGAUGAUGAUGUUUUCAUACACCUUGCAAGAACCUACUCUUCCAACCAUGCCAGCAUGUACAAAGGGAAUGAAUGUGGGAAUAAACCAGUCUUUCCAUAUGGCAUUACAAAUGGGUAUGCUUGGUACCAACUGAAAGGUGGGAUGCAGGAUUACAACUACAUCUGGGGACAAUGUUUUGAAAUUACGUUGGAAUUGUCAUGCUGUAAAUAUCCACCAGCAAGUCAACUUCAGGCCUUCUGGAAUGACAACAAAGCUGCUUUGAUUGAAUACAUUAAACAAGUUCAUCUUGGUGUCAAAGGUCAAGUUCUUGACAAGCAUGGACAGCCUAUACCAAAUGUAAUAGUGGAAGCCAAAGGAAGGGAACAUAUCUGUCCUUAUAGAACCAAUCGACAUGGAGAAUAUUACCUUCUCCUCCUGCCUGGAAGCUAUGUGCUUAAUGCUACAGUACCCGGAUCUGGAUCAAUACUAAAGACACUGCUAGUACCAAACAGUCCUGAAAACUUCAGUGCUUUGAAAUAUGACUUUGUUUUCCCAGAGGUCUCCAACCUAGCAAGAGAUGCUUCAUGCCCUACCAAACCUCUUUAUCAGGAUUUUGAAAACAUUUCAGCAGCAGUAAAACCUACUUUGCAUUUCUUGGCUUUAAUGACUGUUUUGUAUACAGUUUUCAAAUAAAGCCAUGGAUGAAUUAGGUGAGACUUCAA